CUAAGGUCUCUUACAUUCUCUUCCCUCUUUUCUUCGUCUUCUUUCUCUCCUAAAAAUCGAUCUCCCUGGAGACUCCUCUGCAGCGGACGUUCAUUUUCUUGAUCGAUGGAUAAUAUGACGGGAUGGUGUAUGCCACCUGGAUUCAGAUUUCAUCCGACGGAGGAAGAGCUCGUUGGUUAUUACCUAAAGAGGAAGAUCGAUUCGUUGAAGAGCGCUUUAGAUGUCAUCGUAGACAUUGAUCUCUACAAAAUGGAGCCGUGGGACAUGCAAGCGAGGUGCAAAUUAGGGUACGAGGAGCAAAACGAGUGGUACUUCUUCAGCCACAAGGACAGGAAGUACCCGACAGGGACGAGGACAAACAGAGCGACGGCGGCCGGAUUCUGGAAAGCCACCGGCAGGGACAAGGCCGUACUGUCCGAGAACAGAAUCAUAGGAAUGAGGAAGACCCUUGUCUUCUACAAAGGCCGAGCUCCUAAUGGCCGGAAAACCGAUUGGAUCAUACACGAAUACCGCCUUCAAAACUCUGAGCACGCUCCUCCUCAGGAGGAAGGAUGGGUGGUAUGUCGAGCUUUCAGGAAGCCAACUCCAAACCAAAGGCCACAUGGGUAUGAGCCAUGGCCGAACCAUCACUACCACCUCCCGACAACAACGAUGAACUCGGAUAUUCUGUCGUCGAGUCAAAAUAUGAACCAGAUGCUCAUGAACAGCAAUCUCUACCAACCUAAUAUGUGCUCACCAAUGCAUCAUCAGCACGGCAACGUCGAGAUCCCACAGCUCGAUAGUCCGAGUUUGUCGUCACAUAGUCUUGGGACGACGACCAAGGAUCACACCAACGGCUUUGAGCAAGAUGAUGAGAAGAGCUUCAAUGGCGUUGAUUGGAAAACCCUAGAUGGUUUCCUUGCAACGCAAGUCACGAGCGACUCUAACCUUCUUCUGUCUUCGUUUGAGUCACAGUCCUUUGACCAAAACUACAACGAGCUCGAAGCUAAUACUCACGUUCUUGGAUGCUUCCCUGACUCGUAAUAAAGAUAUUCUUAUUUGAUUAUGCAGUUUUUUUACAUGA